AAAAAGUUUCUUCUUUUAAGCAUAACUCUCCUAUAAAUAGAGUCUCUCCGCCCCGCUCAGAUUCGUACUCACCCGAUAUAGAUAUACUCUUCUCUAUCAUAACAGUCAUCCAAAUAACUAUACCGACAACAAUCUUUAUAUAUACAGACAUACAGAUAUACUUACAGAUAUAUAUAGCAAAUGGCGGUGGAGAGCUAUGAAAUUUUCGCCGGCGGCGACGAACUGCCGGAAGGUUGCUUAGCUAACGCGCUGUCGUUAACGAGUCCUAAGGACGCGUGCCGGCUUUCGCUCGUGGCUUCAACUUUCCGGUCGGCUGCUGAAUCCGACGCCGUUUGGGAACGGUUUUUGCCGCCGGAUUAUGGUGACAUCAUUUCCCGGUCCAUUGACGGUCCAGAUUCACUCGCGGUCGGUUCGAAGAAAGAGCUUUACUUGCACCUCUGUGAUCAUCCUAUCCUCAUUGACGGUGGCACCAAGAGCUUCUCAUUGGAGAAAUGGAGUGGAAAGAAAUGUUACAUGUUAGCCGCAAGGUCGCUUAAGAUUGUUUGGGCUGACACGCCUAGAUAUUGGAGAUGGAUUUCCCUUCCCGAGUCCAGGUUCUCAGAAGUUGCUGAGCUUCUUGAUGUCUGCUGGUUUGACCUUUCUGGCAAAAUUAACACCAAUAUGCUCUCACCUGACACUAGAUAUGGCGCUUACCUUGUCUUCACGACAAAAUCCAGGACCUAUGGAUUUGGAAACCAACCUGCAGAGAGCUCAGUAGGGAUUACCGGACAUGAAAGAGAAACACAGACAGUUUAUUUGGAUCCUCAGGGAGGUCGGAGACACAGGUACCAAGUAGUCCCGAGACGCUUAGGAAUAUUCACCCACCACAUGGCUCACAUAUUGAGACACGAAGUGGAUACACCCUAUGAACCGGAAGGCCGUUAUCCGAAGCAGAGAAGUGAUGGGUGGUUGGAAAUUGAAUUGGGAGAAUUCUUUGUCAAGAGGGGGCAAGAAGCUGAACUGGAGAUGAGCUUGACAGAGCUGAAGGGAGGUAACUGGAAAAGUGGCUUAAUUGUUGAAGGGAUUGAUAUCAGGCCUAAGGAGGGCAAAUGAUUUAUUUAAUUAUGGAAGUUUGUUUCUCUGUUCCAACUACUUCCCCUCUAAAUAAAUUAUGAGAGCAAGAAAAAGAGGAACUAAAGACCAGGAGGGUUCAAGCGCCUAGCAAGAUCUCGUGGUUAAAGUCUUGGCCAUAAUUAUAGAAGAAAUUGCACAAUUUUCGUGUCUGUCUAUUAUAUUUUUGUUUGUUUUAUGAUGAUAGGUUUUAAUGUUUUAUUGUAAUGCUUCCCUUCUGUGGCAGUAAUAAUUUGUUUCAAUUAUUUUGUCUUAA